AUGACACAGCACAAAUUGUACAAAAAUGCUGCAAAUUACUGGGCCAAAGUUCCAGCAACGCUAAAUGGCGUUCUUGGCGGUUUUGGUCACAUUUCGGACAUUGACAUAGGUGGCUCUAGAACAUUUCUGAAUCAUUUAUUGACACUUCAAGACCCACCAAAUACAAAUAUCGCAUUGGACUGCGGAGCAGGUAUUGGACGAGUGAGUAAAAAUUUACUGAUUUCUUAUUUUGAUAAAGUGGAUUUAGUAGAGCAAGAUGAAAAAUUCAUUAACGCUGCAAAAGAAAACAUCGGUGAAGACAACGCGAAACUAGGAACAAUAUAUCACCUUAGUCUUCAACAUUUCAAACCAGAAAAAAUGUAUGAUUUAAUUUGGUGUCAGUGGAUUCUUGGAUGUUUGAAUGAUUACGAUCUCAUAAAUUUCUUAAUAAGAUGUAGCAAGUCCCUCACAACGAAUGGCUUAAUUAUCGUCAAAGAGAACAUAUCAUCGUCGAAUGAACUCGAUUAUGAUGAGAAAGAUUAUUCUGUCACUCGACCUUACGAAUUGAUGUUAAUGUUAUUUGAUGCAGCUUGUCUUAAAAUAGUUAAAACCGAUGUACAAGUUGAUUUUCCUGAUGAAAUCUAUUCUGUGCAUAUGUUCGCUUUAAAACCAAAAUAG